AUGAUCGGCGCGGGCUACUUUCGCGCCCUCCGACAGCGCAUCUCCAGCAUCGCCAGCAUCACCGACCGCGACGACGAGGAUCGCGCGCACUCGCGGCUCGUCGAGUGUGCGCGACUGCACCAGCGGCUCCUCCACUUCUGCUCCAGAAUCGACGGAAUAACGCGGGAUCUGUUCUUCGUCCAGCUGCUCUGCACCGUCUACGUCAUCUCCCUCGUCGGCAUCAAGAUCGUUGGGUCGGACCCGGACCGAUACAAGUUCAUGCCGUUUAUACUGGCCAACAUAGGACAGCUGUUCAUCUGCCAGUGGGCGCCGGAUCACUUGAUCCAGGAGAGCACGGCGAUCUCGACGGCAGUGUACUCCGUGUCCUCCGCCUGGAUACGACGUCGCGUGGGCAGACUGUCGGUCCUCGUGAUCGCGCGGUCGCAGCGGCCCGUGCAAAUGACCGCCGCCGGUGUGGUCAAUCUGUCCAUCGAGAACUUCGGCUCCAUGCUCACCAGUGCAGCCUCGUUCUUCACGGUGCUGAGAAAUUUCAACGAAUGAUCAAGCAGAACGGCGUUCCCACGUUGUUCGCUGGCCGAUAGUGUGACCUCAUACUUAUCUACCGAUGUAUAUUUAUAAAUCGAUAAUAUCGAGUGAAACAACGUUAUACUCGACCGUUAAAUAUACCUCCAAAUAUUCGU